GUCUCUCUCAUCUGCAUUGCAUUAUAUAUUUUUUUAAAUCUUUCAACUGACAUGGCCAGCAUAGCACCUGCAGGCUCAUGGGAAAGCCUUGAACCAAAGCUUUCCCAGCAAAUACUAGAUGCGGUCAGCACCAUGGGCUUUACAGAAAUGACCCCCGUUCAGUCUGGUGCUAUUCCACUCUUCAUGAAGAACAAAGACGUUGUGGUUGAGGCCGUCACUGGGUCAGGCAAGACCCUGUCCUUCUUGAUCCCUAUUCUUGAAAAGAUUCACCGCCGAUCUCACAAGUUAGCAGGUUCAGAGGUCGGAGCCAUUGUGAUUUCCCCGACUCGUGAACUGGCCACCCAGAUCGCUAAAGUCUUGACAGAGUUUGAACCAUUUCUACAAAACAUUCAUCAUCAAUUGUUGAUUGGGGGAGAGACGAGUCUGGAAGAAGACAUUGCGACCUUCCAGGAAAGACAACCUGAUAUCUUGAUUGGAACUCCAGGGCGAUUGGAAGAUAUGUUAACACAGAAACGGACUGGCGUGAAUGUGAAAGAACUGGAGGUAUUAGUCUUGGAUGAAGCAGAUCGACUGCUGGAUAUGGGAUUCUCUGUCAGUUUGAACAAGAUCAUGGCCAUGUUACCGAAACAGCGUCGGACAGGAUUGUUCUCUGCCACCAUGACUGAUGGAUUGAGUGAAUUGGUCAGAGCUGGAUUGAGGAAUCCGGUCCGUGUGGUCGUAAAGGUCGAAGAUCUACUUGGAGGGGGCGGACAACGCACUCCAGCAUCAUUACACAUUGGAUAUAUUCUUUGUUCAACAUCUCAAAAAUUACUCCUUUUGACUCAUUUGCUCCGACAAGAAGCAGCGCACAAGAAGACGAUUGUUUAUUUUGCAACGUGCGCGAGUGUCGAUUACUUUUAUAAGCUUCUCUCUCGACACCCAAUGCUCUCUGAUUUCUCAAUUCAUUCACUUCAUGGGAAGAUGGAGACAAAGAAACGAUCGUUGACAUUUAAAUCCUUCACUGAUAUUCCUGCAGGGUCCCCUGGAGUGUUAUUAUGUACGGAUGUGGCAUCAAGAGGAUUAGAUAUUCCAGAUGUUGAUUUUGUCAUUCAGGUCGAUCCACCCCAGGAUCCAAAGGCGUUUACACAUCGAUGCGGACGUGCCGGUCGCGCUGGUCGCGAAGGCAAGGCCGUAGUAUUUUUGAUCAGGGGUAAAGAGGAUACCUAUGUGGAUUUCCUAAGGGUUCGUAAGGUCCCCAUUCGUCGAUGGGGAUGGAAAGGUGGACCUGAAAUUAUUGAGGAUGUGGAUGAUCAUGAUGAGGAGGAAGAAGAAAAAGUAGUAGCAAAGAAGGAGAGCAAUGGUCAUUUAAAAGCAGCGAUGAUACAAGAAGAAGACAGUGCUAAAGGAUCAUUGGGCAAGAUUGUACGUCAAGAGCCAGAAGAUGAUCCAGAGACUGCCGAGUUCUUGGCAGGAUUGCGAAAGAUUGUGAUGACAGAUAGGGACCUACAUGAUAAGGGAACCAUGGCCUAUGUAUCCUUCGUUCGGAGCUAUUCAAAACAUGAGGCUAGUUUCAUUUUCCGAUCUAGAGAUCUGGACCUGGGAGCUCUGGCGCGUAGCUAUGCGUUGCUAAGACUUCCAAAGAUGCCAGAGUUAAAGAAUGAGAAAUCGGAUGGUGGGAUCGAAGGGUUUGUUCCUGCAGAUAUUGAUAUGGACAAGUACAAGUAUCAAGAUAAACAAAAGGAGGCAGUACGGAUCAAGAAAUUAACAGAGUAUAAGACUAAGCAGGCAGAACGAGAGAAGCAAGCAGCAGAGAAUGGUAGCGGAGCUAAUGAGAAGAAACGGAAACAGAUUCAUAAGACUUCAGCCUGGUCAGAAAAGCAGGAGGCAAAGGAGCGGAAGGUGGAGCGUCAACUGAAGAAGCAGCGGAAGAAAGAAUAUUUGAAGCGUGUGGCCAAUGGAGAGAUCAAGGAAGGUGACAAGAAAAAAAUGUCAGGUGAUGACGAUGAUGAUGAUAUAGAGAUGAGUAAGAACAGGAAAGGAGGAGAAGCAGCAAUGGACACGGAUGAUGAUGAAGAGGACAGCUGGGAGGCUCUGGCACGGGAGGAGCGGUUAGCCAAGAAAGUGAAGAAGGGCAAGAUGAGUGCCAAGGAGUUUGAUAGAGAGGUGGGCAAUAUGUUUAGUGACAUCUAGAGACAGUGUCCAUUCCCACAAUGUGUUG